UUGCAUCGUUCUAUAGGCAAUAGGCUAGGUAACCUGAGAGAAAUAGUGUUUCUUGAGAAAAUGAUUUGGAAUGAAAACGAUGAAAUAAAUAGAAGGAAAAACACCAAUGACAGCCAUGCUGAGACUCAUGCAGCUAUACUAUGGUCCGUUGCAACAUGCGCAACCUUAGUGAAUAGCACUGAGAUAUAUGAAAAUGUGGAGCUAGAAGAAGGAGCUUUUCUGGCAUUCAGUCAACAGGGGGAAUUGAGACAAUUUUUUUUUGGAAAAAUCGCUGACGAGAUGAAAAAUAAAUUGUGA